AGUACAUACAUAUGUAUACAUAUAAGUAUUACGUAUUAUAUAUAUAAUCCACAUAUAGUACAUACGUGAUAAAUGACAAGCAUGUAUAUCAGGAUGAUCAAAGCAGUCACCUCGAGUGAUUAUAUGAAAGGAGGAAACAGUGCACGAUGAAAGGAUCUCAGAGCUAGCCAAGAGGCAGCCAGGACUUCCGCCUGCCUCGCCGUGGCGGCAGGACCACAGCUCCACGGUUGUGCAACACCUUCAGUAAACACUUCCUGAAGUGGAGACAAUGAAGCAGGGAGUUCCAUUCUGCUCACUUCAGCGGAGGCAGGGACAGAGCCACAGCCCAGGUGUGAGCAGGGCCAGGCCCGCGCUGUUAGAGGCCCCCAGCAUGUGGCAAGGGAUUCUGCUGAUGCUCAUGCUCCAGGUCUGUGCAGCUGCAGUAAGCGCUGUGAAAGAGCUCCCUCAAGCAAAGAAGUAUGAAGUUGUUUAUCCCAUAAGACUUCAUCCACUGCAUAAAAGAGAAGUCAAAGAACCAGAAAAACAGGAAAAAUUUAAAACUGAAUUAAAGUAUAAAAUGACAGUGAAUGGAAAGAUUGCAGUACUUUACUUGAAGAAAAACAAGAAUCUUCUUUCUUCAAACUACACAGAAACACACUAUAGGUCCUCUGGAAAGGAGGUCACCACAAGCCCACAAAUCAUGGAUGAUUGUUACUAUCAAGGACACAUCAUUAAUGAAAAGAUUUCUGAUGCUAGCAUCAGCACAUGUAGCGGCCUACGGGGCUACUUUAGUCAAGGUGACCAGAGGUAUUUCAUUGAGCCUUUGAGCGCCACACCUCGGGAUGGACAGGAGCAUGCCCUCUUCAAGGAUGAGCCCAGUGAUGACCAGGAUGACAGCAGAUGUGGGAUGGAUGAUGUGCUGUGGGUACCCAGAUCACACCAGAAUGUGGUCUCACCUGCCACCAGACUGGUUGAAUUAAAUGGCCAGGAGGCUCAGGAUCAUAACAAAUACAUAGAAUAUUAUUUGGUCCUGGAUAAUGGUGAGUUUAAAAAGUACAAUGAAGAUCUGGAAGAAAUAAGAAAGAGGGUUUUUGAGAUGGCCAAUUACAUUAACAUGCUUUACAAGAAGCUCAACGCUCAUGUGGCCUUAGUUGGAAUGGAAAUCUGGACUGAUGAUGACAAGAUAAAGAUCAGCCCAAAUGCAUCCUCUACUCUGGAAAACUUUGCUAGAUGGAGGGGCAGUAAUCUCCUUAGAAGAAAGCGUCAUGAUAUUGCUCAGCUAAUCUCCUCAGAGGCCUUUUCUGGAUCCACGGUGGGCCUUGCUUUCCUGUCUUCCAUGUGCUCUCCUUAUCACUCUGUUGGCAUUAUUCAGGACCACAGUAGCAAUCAUCUAAGAGUUGCAGGGACAAUGGCUCACGAGAUGGGCCACAAUCUUGGAAUGAUUCAUGACUCUGUAAAUUGCGAGUGCCCUUCCACGGUCUGCGUGAUGAAGAAAACCAUAAGUUUCUAUAUACCCACAGACUUCAGUUCCUGUAGCCGUGCCAACUAUGAUAGAUUCCUUGAAGAUAAAUUAUCAGAUUGCCUCUUUAAUGUUCCACUGCCUAAAGACAUCAUAUCCACCCCAUUCUGUGGGAACCAGUUGGUAGAAAUGGGAGAAGACUGUGAUUGCGGGACCCCCGAGGAAUGUACCAACAUUUGCUGUGAUGCUAGCACAUGUAAAAUCAAAGCAGGUUUUCACUGUGCAUCAGGGGAAUGCUGUGAAAAAUGCGAGUUGAAAAAGCCUGGAGUGGUGUGCAGAGCAGCAAAACAUGAGUGUGAUCUGCCAGAAAUGUGUGAUGGGAAAUCUAAUAAGUGCCCUGAUGACAGAUUCAGAGCCAAUGGCUUCCCUUGUCAGAAUGGAAAGGGCUACUGCUCCAUGGGGAGGUGCCCCACCCUGGAAGAGCAGUGCACAGACAUGUGGGGCCCAGGAACCAAGGUUGCAAAUAGGUCAUGUUACAACAGGAAUCAAGGAGGGUCAAAGUAUGGGUACUGCCACCUGGUGAAUGGCACCUACAUUCCCUGCAAAGCGAAAGAUGUCAUGUGCGGGAAGUUGUUCUGUCAAGGUGGGUCAGGUGACUUGCACUGGAAAGGAUUUACCGUAUCUUUCCUGAAGUGUAAACUAUUUGAUCCUGAAGACAAAAGUCAAGGAGUGGACAUGGUGGCUGAUGGAACCAAGUGUGGGCACAACAAGGUGUGCAUUGAUGCAGAAUGUGUGGAUAUGCAGAAGAUCUACAAGUCAGCCAAUUGCUCCGCUAAGUGCAAAGGACAUGCUGUGUGUGACCACGAGCUCCAGUGUCAGUGUAAAGAAGGAUGGGCCCCUCCCGACUGCGAGGAUUCCUCCACGGUCUUCCGCUUUUCCAUUGUGGUCGGAGUGCUCUUCCCAGUGGCAGUCAUAUUUGUGGUGGUUGCUGUAGUCCUGUGUCACCAAGGUGCCAGAAGACCGCAGAAGAAAGCUCAGAGACCACUGCGUGCUGCUGACUCUAGGCUACCCAAGCAGAAGGGUAAACUCCAGAAGAUGAAAGUGGUCCAGCCCCAGGAGAUCAAUCAGAUGAAGCUCCCUCUGUCUCAUCCGCCCUUAGAAGACUCUGAGCCUCCAGCUUAUGUUUUAGUUCCAAAGCCUGAUUUCCCACCACCGCCAAUUCCUACAUCGGUAUCUUCUUCUUCCUUUUUCCUUCAUAAGGACCCAGAAGUACUUCCUUCUACUCUUAUCAAAGAUAAACCAGUGUCUACACCUGAGGACUCAAGUCUAAAACUCUGAAGCAUCAGUUAAGCAAAGAUCGAUGGCCAAACGAGCAAAAUAGAAGACUGGACAGUCCAGAUGCGACACUCCGGACUAAACAUCCCUCUAUGCUCUGCACAUUCCAAGUUAAGUCAGCAUACUCUGAUGCUUGUAAUACCUUGAAGACCUUAAAUAAAUUUUUUUCAAGAGA